UUCCUCAUGCUGGGAUUUACAUUAGUGGAUCUGAUGAAAGGAUGCUGCAGGGAGCUGAAGACGGACUGAACCCCACCUGAACCCCCCGACCCGUCCCGUCCCGACCCGACCGACCGCCGCCGUCCCAUCAUGCACCUGCUGUGCCGCGGACGCCUCAAGCUGCUGGUGGCGUCUCUGACCGCCGUCGUCCUGCUCACCUGGCUCUACCUGCUGGCAGGAAACCUGGAGAAUGGCCGCUCCCUCCUCUUGGUGCCCUUGCCCGACACGCCCGCCGCACAAGUUCUGGAGCGAGGUCUGGAGUCCCGGGUCCGAGAGGUGGAGGAGGAGAACCGGCAGAUCAAGCUGCAGCUCAGCCAGUCGCAGGGCGCCGCCCAGCUCUCUGACGGGAACUACGGCAACCAGCAGUGGGGCGCGUCGGCGGACACGGUGCCGGAGGACGGCGACAACACGGCGGAGGAGAAGAGCAACCACACAGACUGCUCCCGAUCGCCGCUGGUCCAGAAGUGUGAGCUGAUCCAUGUCGCGUGUGUUUGUGCCGGUCACAACGCCAGCAGGGACGUGGUCACGCUGGUCAAGUCCGUCCUCUUUCACAGGAGGAAUCCUCUCCACUUCCAUUUCAUCACCGACUCGGUGGCCAGUCGGAUCCUCGGCUCCCUCUUCCGGUCCUGGAUGGUUCCGUCUGUUCAGAUCAGCUUCUACGACGCCGAGGAGCUCAAGUCCGAAGUCUCCUGGAUCCCCAACAAGCAUUACUCAGGUAUUUACGGCUUGAUGAAGCUGACGCUGACCAAAGCUUUGCCGGCCGACCUGGCCAAGGUCAUCGUCCUGGAUACGGACAUCACCUUCGCCACCGACAUCGCCGAGCUGUGGGGCAUCUUCAAGAAGUUCACCGAUAAGCAGGUGAUCGGUCUGGUGGAGAACCAGAGCGACUGGUACCUGGGCAACCUGUGGAAGAACCACAAGCCCUGGCCGGCGCUGGGGCGGGGCUUCAACACGGGCGUCAUCCUGCUCUACCUGGAGCGGCUCCGCAGAAUCAGCUGGGAACAGAUGUGGCGCCUGACGGCGGAGCGGGAGCUGAUGAGCAUGCUCAGUACGUCGCUGGCGGACCAGGACAUAUUCAACGCCUUCAUCAAGCAGAACCCGGUCCUGGUGCACCAGCUGCCCUGCUUCUGGAACGUCCAGCUGUCGGAUCACACUCGCUCUGAGCAAUGCUACACCGAGGUGUCCGACCUCAAGGUGAUCCACUGGAACUCUCCCAAGAAACUGAGAGUGAAGAACAAACAUGUGGAGUUUUUCAGGAACCUCUACCUGACCUUCCUGGAGUACGACGGCAACCUGCUGCGGAGGGAGCUGUUCGGCUGCCCGAGCCAGGCCAGCGCGGAGAGCGUCCGGCUGCAGGCGGCGCUGGAGGAGCUGGACGAAGACGAUCAGUGCUACGACUUCCGGCGUGAACGGCUGACGGUGCACCGGGUCCACCUGUACUUCCUGCAGUACGACUACACGCCGGCGGAGGACGACACGGACGUCACGCUGGUGGCUCAGCUGUCCAUGGACAGGCUGCAGAUGCUGGAGGCCAUCUGUAAGCACUGGGAGGGCCCCAUCAGCCUGGCGCUCUACAUGUCCGACGCCGAGGCGCAGCAGUUCCUGCGCUACGCUCAGGCCUCCGAGGUCCUCAAGAACCGCAAGAACGUCGGCUACCACAUCGUCUAUAAGGAAGGCCAGUUCUACCCGGUCAACCUGGUGAGGAACGUGGCCCUGAAGAACGCCAACACGCCCUACGUCUUCCUGACGGACGUGGACUUCCUGCCGAUGUACGGUCUCUACGACUACCUCAGGAAGUCGAUCGUCCAGCUGGACGUGGCUCACACCAAGAAGGCUCUGGUGGUGCCGGCCUUCGAGACGCUGCGCUACCGUCUCUCCUUCCCCAAAUCCAAAGCCGAGCUCCUCUCCAUGCUGGACAUGGGGACUCUCUACACCUUCAGGUACCACGUGUGGCCGAAGGGUCACGCUCCCACCAACUAUGCUAAGUGGCGAACGGCGACCACGCCCUACAAGGUGGAGUGGGAGUCGGACUUCGAGCCGUACGUGGUGGUGAGGCGGGACUGCCCCGAGUACGACCAGCGCUUCGUGGGCUUCGGCUGGAACAAGGUGUCCCACAUCAUGGAGCUGGACGCUCAGGAGUUCGACCUCAUGGUCCUUCCCAACGCCUUCAUGAUCCACAUGCCGCACGCUCCCAGCUUCGACAUCUCCAAGUUUCGCUCCAGCUCCAGCUACCGCAACUGUCUGAACACGCUGAAGGACGAGUUCCACCAGGAUCUGUCCAGGAAGUACGGCGCCGCCGCCCUCAAGUACCUGACGGCCCAGAGGAACAUGUGAGCUCCAGACGCAGCGCUGAGGCCCGGGACGCGGCGGCCCGGAGCGCCGGGCGGCGCCUCUGCUGGAACCGUGAAGCUCUACGGCCCCUCGGAGAGCGGCGGCGGCGAAGGCCCGGAAAACAGGAACCAUAACGGUUUUCACUUUGUUCUGACAAUCAGGGCUUUUCCCACUGGGAACCAGUCCGGACCCGGUGCUCCGGGUCGGGGGAAACCAGUCGAACUGGAGAACGAUUCAAGCCUUAUCAACUUCACGACAUUUACAAAGAUAUUUAAUAACUUGUUUUUUUUUUAAGGCAUAAAUCUGAACCAAUGAUAGCAAAACAUUUGCAUUUACAGAAUUUUGAUUACGGCUUUAUAUUCCUGGACGGGUUUAAGGGAAAAGAACCCGACGGUUUCCGGAUCAGAACACGUUUCCGAUGGUGCUUUAAUUGUGUGCGCGAUCCGGCGCCGCGGCGACGCCACUCGGAGUCACGCCUGCUUCGUCCUGCAUGUAAAGCGCUGCACCAGGUUCUCAUCUCAUCGCUCGGGUUUCACAGCAGCAAAGAAGUUCUGACCGGACCGACCGGGACCAACAGGAAGCUGGACUUUACGUCUGAGUCACUGGAUGUCUGCGCCGCCUGCUGACCGCUUUCACUCGUCAUCCAGCUGGAAUGAACUCAUUCUUCCUGCUGCUGCCGCAAAACUCUUCAGAUUCUGUGUUUUUUAGACCCAAACACUGAAAAACCAAAACCUGACAGAGUAACUGGGCGGGUUUCUGGUCCAAAUGUCCCGGGACGCGUCAGCAGAGGCUGCUUUCAAUAAAAAAGUUUCAUGAACAAGUUUUUGUUGCAGUGGCAAAUAAAUUAGUUUAAAAUGGAACAAGAUGGCCGCCGUGGGCGUGAUGACAUCACUGAACGAUGGAAACCCAAGGACGGCAUUGUGGGAAAAAAAUUAUAAAAAAUCAAAUCCAGUUAAAGCCCAGUCCUGAAUUCAGUUAAGGUCAGAGGUCAUGAUUCAACAAGGACAGAGAGACUGGUCAAAGAUGGCCGCCGCGGGAGGGAUCAGAACCGGCGCUGACCCGGCUCAGAUCCCCUGAUGCUCUCCACGGUGGUGGCAGUAUAAUGCUCUGGGAUAAUAGUCACCAACGUUUUAGCUCCUCUGAUUGGCUAAAAAGAAUAUAAAAAAAAACAUUUUAUGAAAGUUAAUGAAAUGUUUCUGAAAACAUUCAUUUUGUCUUUGAUCCGAAACUUUAAACCAAAACAGAAAAUAAAUGGAAACGUUGAGGUCCCACCUGAUCGCCUGGCGACAAAGUAGAAACCAUUCCAAUCCAUAAUCUAUAAUCAAUCACAAUCGAAGGAGCAAAAAAUGAAGGAGCAGCAGGAAAAACAUCUUAAUUCCAGCUGGAUUUCCUGUUUUCAUUUCAGUUUUUAUCAAAGUUUCAGAUUUUCUCCUCUGGACUUUGGUUUAUUUUAUUUUUUUUUAUUUAAUUUCUAUUUUUUAAUCUUUGUCCCGUUUUGAACUCUGUGUUUUCACGCCGCCGCCAUGUUGAGGGAAGUGACGGCGCUGCGUCGCCCCGGCGGAGGAAACGUCCCGGUACCAAACGUCGGCCGCCAUGGAGGCGUGGCGGCUCCGCCCACGCCGCCUCCGCCCUCUUGUUGUUGAUUGUGGUAAAUGCUAGUGCCUUUUGCUGUAUUGUGAAACUGGAUAUUGAUUGUACAGUCGUACGGACGGCGCGGCCUGGGACCGACAGGCUCUAUUUAUUAUUGUUGACUGAAAUCAAUCAUAUUUUUCUAUGUAAGUGCUUUAAAUAAAUUUGCC